AGAGCCGGGGAGAUGCGGCGAGGCACGUGGGCUGGAGACACUUCCUAGAAACGCGCGCGGGCUCAACCCUGCCUGAACUUUCCUGUAAACAGAGCGCUGACAGGCGGCAUCCCCGCUGGGUGGAUCCCGCGCUCCUGGCGCAAGUGGCACUUCUUGCUUCUAAUUAUCGAGAGGAGAGGCGAAUACGAACUAGCUGCUCGGCAAGUCAGUGCAGGAGGCUGACUUCUGGGAGGCUGGCGGGGAGGCUGGGGGAAGAGCUGGGGGAGGCUGCUGCUCUGCUCCGACUGUUUUCUCAAUGAAUAGCUGGCGGGGAGACUGAAGCUAGCCACAGCCUCCUCCUCACUCCGCGUCUGGGUGACGGCGACAGCACCAGCCCGGACCUGGCUCUCAAGACGCGCUCCUUGGACGGUCUCUUGCUCCGCGCUUCUAACCACCGGGCCCAAGGACAGAAAGGCUUAGCGGAUCCAAAUAUUGCCCGGCAAAUGGCACUUGGGAAUGGUAUUUUCUGAUGACAACCCCUUCUGUUUGUGACAAAGCCUGUCGCCCGCAGUUGCCCCUGGAGGGAAGUACUAAGUAAAACUCAAUCCUGUCUUAAAGUGUGGCUGCAGGGGCCAGAGGAGAGCCAGCACGCACCAUGGCACCGGCCGGACACAUCCUCACCUUGCUGCUCUGGGGUCACCUGCUGGAACUCUGGACCCCAGGUCACUCCGCGAACCCCUCCUACCCCAGGCUACGCCUGUCACAUAAAGAACUUUUGGAACUGAAUAGGACUUCAAUAUUUCAAAGCCCCCUUGGAUUUCUUGAUCUCCAUACAAUGCUGCUGGAUGAGUAUCAAGAACGGCUCUUUGUGGGAGGCAGAGACCUUGUCUAUUCCCUGAACUUGGAACGAGUCAGUGACGGCUACAGAGAGAUAUACUGGCCGAGCACAGCAGUAAAGGUAGAAGAAUGCAUAAUGAAAGGAAAAGACGCAAAUGAGUGUGCCAAUUAUAUCCGGGUUUUGCAUCACUACAACAGGACACACCUUCUGACCUGUGCUACUGGAGCUUUUGAUCCACACUGUGCCUUCAUCAGAGUCGGGCACCAUUCAGAGGAACCCCUGUUUCACCUGGAGUCACACAGAUCUGAGAGAGGAAGGGGCAGAUGUCCUUUUGACCCCAACUCCUCCUUUGUGUCCACGCUAGUUGGGAAUGAGCUGUUUGCUGGACUCUACAGUGACUAUUGGGGCAGAGACUCGGCGAUCUUCCGCAGCAUGGGGAAGUUAGGCCAUAUUCGCACUGAGCAUGACGAUGAGCGGCUCCUGAAAGAACCAAAAUUUGUAGGUUCAUAUAUGAUUCCUGAUAACGAAGACCGAGAUGACAACAAAAUGUACUUUUUCUUUACUGAGAAGGCGCUGGAGGCGGAGAACAACGCCCACACGAUCUACACCCGAGUGGGGCGGCUGUGCGUGAAUGACAUGGGAGGACAGAGAAUCCUGGUGAACAAGUGGAGCACUUUCCUUAAAGCGCGGCUGGUUUGCUCAGUGCCGGGAAUGAAUGGAAUCGACACAUACUUUGACGAACUAGAGGAUGUGUUUUUACUGCCGACCAGAGAUCCUAAGAAUCCAGUGAUAUUUGGACUGUUUAAUACUACCAGCAAUAUAUUUAGAGGCCAUGCUGUAUGUGUGUAUCACAUGUCAAGUAUCCGGGAAGCCUUUAAUGGCCCAUAUGCUCAUAAAGAAGGCCCUGAAUACCACUGGUCACUAUAUGAAGGAAAAGUCCCCUACCCAAGGCCUGGUUCCUGUGCCAGCAAAGUAAACGGAGGCAAGUAUGGAACCACCAAAGAUUACCCCGAUGACGCCAUCCGGUUCGCAAGGAUGCAUCCUCUAAUGUAUCAGCCCAUAAAACCUGUUCAUAAAAAACCAAUACUGGUAAAAACAGAUGGAAAAUACAACCUGAGGCAACUUGCCGUGGAUCGGGUGGAAGCGGAGGAUGGCCAGUAUGACGUCUUAUUUAUUGGGACAGACACAGGAAUUGUGCUGAAAGUAAUCACAAUUUACAACCAAGAAACAGAGUGGAUGGAGGAAGUCAUUCUAGAGGAACUUCAAAUAUUCAAGGAUCCAGCCCCUAUCAUUUCUAUGGAAAUUUCUUCAAAGAGACAACAGCUUUACAUUGGAUCAGCCUCUGCUGUGGCACAAGUCAGAUUCCAUCACUGCGACAUGUAUGGCAGUGCUUGUGCUGACUGCUGCCUGGCUCGAGACCCGUACUGUGCCUGGGAUGGCAUAUCCUGCUCCAGGUACUACCCAACAGGUGCACACGCAAAGAGGAGGUUCCGCAGGCAGGACGUUCGGCAUGGCAACGCCGCCCAACAGUGCUUUGGACAGCAAUUUGUUGGAGACGCGUUGGACAGGACUGAAGAGAGGCUGGCUUAUGGCAUAGAGAGCAACAGUACUCUGUUGGAAUGCACCCCGCGAUCACUACAAGCAAAAGUCAUCUGGUUUGUACAGAAGGGACGCGACGUAAGAAAAGAAGAGGUGAAGACGGAUGACAGAGUUGUCAAGAUGGACUUGGGCUUGCUCUUCCUCAGAGUACGCAAGUCAGAUGCAGGGACCUAUUUUUGCCAGACAGUAGAACACAAUUUUGUCCAUACUGUGCGUAAAAUCACCUUGGAGGUGGUCGAAGAGCAUAAAGUGGAGGGCAUGUUUCAUAAGGACCAUGAAGAGGAAAGACAUCACAAGAUGCCCUGCCCUCCCUUAAGCGGUAUGUCUCAGGGGACAAAACCGUGGUACAAGGAAUUCUUGCAGCUGAUUGGCUACAGCAACUUCCAGAGAGUGGAAGAAUACUGCGAAAAGGUGUGGUGUACAGAUAAGAAGAGGAAAAAGCUUAAAAUGUCUCCCUCCAAGUGGAAGUAUGCCAACCCCCAGGAAAAGAGGCUUCGCUCUAAAGCUGAGCACUUCCGCCUGCCCAGGCACACGCUGCUCUCCUGAGGGCGCCCUCUGCCGGCGGCUGAGGAACCUAGGAUGGAAACAUUUUUUUAAAGGGGGGGAAAAAAAAAAGACUGAAAGCAUGCAGUCUCUUUCCAUUACUUCAAAGAACUUUCUGUAGUACUGAGAGGCUGGGAAGGUGUUUUAAGUUAUUCUGCAUAUUCAUCUGACUGUACAAACAUCUCUCUCACAGUACUAGUACUUAAACGAGUGUAUUGCUUUAAAAGGCUUCACGUAUUUAUCAACAUAUGAUCGGGCUGUAAUUUUGAGCUUGCUUUUCAGGGAAAUUAUUUUGCCAUUGGGAUAUGUAUUAUAAUUAUAAUAUUAAAGAAAAAGUUAUAGGUUUUCAUAAUCAAGAAAAAUGUAAAACUCUUUCUGGAGUUUUUUCUUUUUUCUUUUCCUCUUUGCAGCCAUAAGGUAAAAUAUACAGAAUAUCAGAUAUUGUAGAAUUAUCGUGUGAGCUUUCUGGUCAGUUGUUGAUUUUUUUUUUUAAGCCAUAAGUUGUAUGUAGCUGUGUUGUGGUUGCUAUAAACUGUACAAGAAAUCUGCAACCCAUCCAUUCUGAGGCUUGUUCUCUUCAUGAAACACUCACUAAACUAUAUUAAGAAUAUUUCUGUUUUAUAAACAAGACAUAUCUUUUAAAUUUCACUUCAGUGUGGAAGGAUGGAAGAUAGCCUCUCAGAAAGAUAUUUUUAAAUAGUUUCAAACCAUGAAAGUAGAAUUCUGUUAAAAAGGUCUGUGCUUCCCUCUUGUGGUACAAGAAGGCAUUGCAUCUCUCAAUGCUGUUUCCAUAAUUUUCCUGCAAUGACUUGAAAACAAAAUGUAGUAGAUACAUCUAGUUCACUAUUCAGAAGACUCAAUUAAAAAAUAAUUUUAUAUAAUAAUUUAAUAUGGAAAUAGCAUGCUUCUGGUUAAUUCAUUACUUCACAACACAACGAAGAUGUUAACUGCAUUUGAGCUUUGAAAUAGAAGAAAGUACCUUUCCAGUCCUACCCUGAGACAAGACACUCUGAAAGUGUGCUUUACCCGCAAAGAAAUUAUCAAAGCAUUCUUUCUCAGAAAUGAAAUCUUCCUAUUUUAUAUUUACUUCUUGGAUUCGUUUUACUACUGACAUCUUUAGAGAAUCAUUAUCUUUGUCUUAUGAAUAUAAUCAAAAUUUAUAUUUUUCAGAAUGUUUAUUUCUUGAGAUUUUUCUUCUCUGUAUUUUAAAGAGUUAGCAGCUUCCGUUCUAAAAUAUGAUUUUUAUGAGGCUUUUCAGUUCGGUAAGAGUAACGCAAGUGGAUUGUAAUAAGAACAAUUAUGAAUACGUAUUCAGACUUAAAUUUAACUAUUAUGUCAGCUAUCUCAGUAUGCUAUAUAAUUAAGAAUAUAAAGUGUUGAGAACUUCUAAUGGAUUUCUUUUUCUGUCUAAAAUUAGUGACUACAUAAAUAUUCCACAAUUUUGAAAUUUUAAAAUUUUGGAAAUUUUAAAGUCCAGAAUUUCUAAAACAUAUAACUAGUAUGAAUAAAGAGAAUGUUGACAUCCUCUGAAAGUCCACACGUUAUUGACUGUAGAAUCCACUGUGUGCCAUUGUUCUCCAGCAAUAGUAGUUGGCAAAAGGGAGUAUUCAAAACUUUUAAAAUACUGUAGUUUAUGAACACAAAGGGGGGAGGGAAAAUUGGGGAAUUAAAACCAAAACCACAUCACUAGUUCCUAAGGAAAGGAUAUGUCUGCAAUAUUACAAGAGAGCAGAAAAAUCUAUGGAGAAGUUUUUUUUGUUGUUGUUUUGUUUUUGUUUUUUUGAGACAGGGUUUCUCUGUAUAGUCCUAGCUGUCCUGGAAUUCACUCUGUAGACCAGGCUGGCCUCGAACUCAGAAAUUCACCUGCCUCUGCCUCCCAAGUGUUGGGACUAAAGGUGUGUGCCACCACGCCUGGCAGGAGAGGUUUUCAAAUGGCCCUUCCACUUAGCAAAUUACAGGUAAGGGGAGAGUUUUAUCUUAACAAAUAACAUAAAAUAAAAACAAAUUAAAGUUAAAAAAAAAAAGGAAAUCAGACAUCUAUGAGUACAUUUUAACCUUAACUCUCUGACAGGCAGCUAAAGAGGAAAUGAUCUUGUUGUGAGCUAAGUAGAAUUCAAAGAAUAUUUUUUUUACAACUUGAACAGUAAAUGCAAAUAAAGACCAUUGAAUUAAAAAUCAGACAUUAAUCAAAAAGUAACCUAAAAUAUACUGAUUUAAAUAAACAUGAUAAAAUUUCAAGGGCUUGGAUACAACUCUAGGGAGAGCAGUAAAUUAUAUAUAAAUAUGUAUUUAUAUAUACAUAUUGUCAUGUAUUAUACAUCCUCCUGUACACCCAUUUCUGGUAAGAAAACUGGGAACAGACAUAGACAGGCAGCCAGAGAGACAGACAGACUGGGAGUGAGAGAGAAAGAGAGAGAGAGGGAGAGAGAGAGAGCGAGCACAGGUUCCCAGGGUAUAACUGAUGUACCACUGUCUCUGUCCCUCUUUCCUCUGACCAUUCUUGCAUGUAGAUCUCCAAGAAGUAUAAGGUGCAUCACUAAGCCCUUUCAGAGUUCAUGCCAACAGAACACAAAUCUACAGAAACAAAAGUGUUUUGAAAAUCUGAACCCUGCUACAUAAGCAUCACCAGUCUUUUGUUGGGCCUGUGGGGUUAAAAUUCAAGACUCUCCUUUGAAAAGAAUUCUUCUGAAGAAAGCCAUGAUGAUUCCACCAUAAACUCAGGUAUCUGUAGGACUCUAUAAAAGUAGGAGCUCACCUUGAGAUGUCCAGACAUGACCUUGGCAAACAAAAUAUAUCCCCAAAAUACAUAGCACACCCAAGAACCUAGCCUCCCAUUAUUGUUCCAAAGAGGCCCUUCUGUAUAACUGGUUUCCUGCUUCUCCAGGUCUCAUGGUAUCAUCUAAAACAAGUAGCCUCUCCCUCAACAUAACACAAACUGCCUCGCUACAGAACCAGGCACAGGAAGAACACCACACUUAGGAAGGUAUCAAGACUUUGGAAAUCUCUCUCCUUUUGUAUUAAAUGUGAAUAUUGCAGGGAGAAGUUUCCAACAUUGAUGAACAGGAAGGAAAACAGAAAUAAGUCCUAAUAAAUCCAGAGCAGGGGAUGAAAAGUCUACACUUGCUUUGUGAAUUUCAAUGCACAUAAUAUAUGGUAACUUUAUGUUAAUUGUCUUCCUUUCCACAAUUGACUACAUCAAUAGGACAUUUUACGGAGUAUGUAACAAUUGUUGUGGGGUGUAGGGUUUGGUAAAUCUUCAUAGUAAUUAUGAAUAAUUGUAAAAUUUGUACAAUAUGACAAAUCAUUCUGGCUGUUAGUCUGAAGCAUGAGAGAAACAGCAGUUUUUUCCUUAAAGAUGACAUAUUUAGCCUCAAGCAUACGGAGUACCUAAUGUUAUAUAGAUACUUUAUAUCCCAGGUAAACGUCACACUCUUGUGAUCAAAACCAGUCACUGGUUUUGAUCAAAACAUACUGCUUGUUUUCCAGGCCAAUAAUUGCUGAUUUGGGUCAGAUACAAUUGCUAUAUUCCUUAUGAAUGCUCUUUUGCUUGUUGUAGCAUUGUUUUAAUUGCUGUUUGGUUAUCUUACUGUCUUGGAAGAACAACUUUAUAUAGCCACCUUCAUUAUACAUAAUAUGGUUUAGCUCUGACUAGAUACUGGAGUGUCUUUGUCUCUAUGUUGUCUCUUUUACAGUCUGUAAGCAUGUGCCAUAUUGCUUCUUUCCACUGAUGAUAAGCUCUGAGACUCAUUCUUACCUGGUAAUGGGCUACAAAGGACCAGUGACUGUGUCUCCUUGACUAUCAUGUAGAGUCUCCACCCAAUACUACACAAAGUCUGUAUUAUUGAAUGGAAUUUCUAUUUCAUUUGACUUAGAUGAAAAACAAAUAAAUAUUCUCCAAAGCA